CGUACAGGUGUAUUACAGGUAGGGGCCGUCCCACGUUCUACGGAGCGCACGCAAAGCUGGCCGUACAAGCGGUUUAGGUGGCAGCGUUCUAGAGCACACGUCCCUCCCAACUCCCGGCCAGAGUCCCAGGCAGGCAGGCAGGGGCAUCAUCACAACGUACGCCUGCUGCGUGCUUUGCGUGCUUGCCGAUAUUAAAAAGCCCACCACCGUGCGUGCCGGAGCCGCACACUCCUGCACGCUGCUGCUGCUGCGGGGAGCUGCACUGGACUGGAGUGCGAGGCCGACUGUGAUGCGGCUACAGUGCGUGCGGGGGGGACACCGGCCAGCCAAAGCAGAGCAGCAGCAGCAGGCUGCCUCGCCCUCGCGUCCGCUCAUCAUCGUCAUCAUCAUCUCCUCUCCCCUCGUCCGGGUCUCUUCGCCCCCGGCCCCCGGACGCCGCUUCUGGGUUUCUUCGGCUCCGCAUUUUGGCUGCUGUUGGGUCCGUCCUUGGUGCUUCCUUCUCCAACCAAUCGAGCAGCCAAGAGCCCCUGAUCCGCGCUAGCUAGAGCUAGCGCGCGAGCAAUCUGCUACCUCCGAGGUCUAGCAGCUAGCAGCUAGCAGCUAGAUAGCCGUCUUCUUCCGCGCCGGCGGCAGCUUGGGUUGGUAGCUAAGCUAAAGCAAGAGAGGUACGGUACAGUACGGUGGGUGGUGGAAUGGUGGUUCAGGUGAUGCCGCCGCCGCUGCUCAUGGUGGGGAGGCAGCAGCCGAGGUGGUGGUGGUGGAGGGGGAGCUCCGGAUCCGCGCGGUCGACGACGCUCGGCGGCGUCGCGGUGGUGGUUGCGCUGCUCGUCUCCCUCUGCUUCAUCGGCAGCCGUUUCACGGGGACACAGCUGGGUGGCUGCAGUACCCUCGCAGCACUCGCUUCAUCAGAUUCCGGGAGGACGACCGUGGCAGCGGCAGCAGGAGCAGCCCAUCCCGGCGGUCAGGUGGUGGCGACUGAUGAGACGCAGGAGGAGCGGGUUUAUUACAUCAUCGCGCGACGACGACGCCGGCUGCUGUCGGGCGGGCUGGGGUCGCAUCCGCCACGGUGCACCACCAAAUGCGGCAGCUGCAACCCGUGCUACCCGGUGCACGUGUCCGUGCCGCCGGGGGUUCUGGUCACCACCGAGUACUACCCGGAGGCGUGGCGGUGCAAGUGCCGGAACCAGCUCUACAUGCCAUGACCGUCAACAGCGACUGCUCGCCACAGGCCGUUCGAUCGGCGCGUAAACCAUAUGCAUCCGAAACCCGCAGGAGAGACGACGAUGACGAUCCAAGUAGUGGAGACGACGACCAAGAAGGGCGGCCUGCCCAAUAUGGUCGUCGCGAGUCGCGACGCCGGUGCCCGUCCGUGCGUUGCCACCAGAGCGUGUGUGUGUGUGUGUGUGCCACUGUGCGUCUGUGCCUUGGACCGGCGCGGCGGUGCUCGCGAGGACGCCCGUGGCGUGGCCGGCCGGGCAGCCACCGCAGCAGAGAGAGAGAGAGAGAGAGGGGGGGGGGGGGACGGACGGCCGUGCUCGUCCGUGUGUGCAGCGCUGAGAAAAGGGUGCGGGCAGUACGCCGCGGCCCUACCACGAGGCUCGCACGGCGUGACGGCAGGAAGGAGUCAGGCCGGGACGCAGGGCGCCGCGGUAACCCGGCGUUAUACUGUUCAUAUUGUUCAUACGAUUUGGGUGUAUGCCUUUCGAUUUUUUUUCUUUUUUAAAAAAAUCCUCUUCGUGUCUUGUCGAAUCGACCCACUUUAUGCGUGUUGUAUUUUGAGUCGUGCUACAUGUAUACUCCCUUCGUCAAAAAAAAAAGUGUCGUUUUA